AUGAGCGGCGCUGCAAUUUCAGACCCCAAUCGCCCCUCUCCCGAGGAAAAUCAAGCCGCCGCCGCCGGCGGAAAGAAGGGGAAGGGAAAGGGCGGCCCCGACAACGCCAAAUUCCGCUACCGCGGUGUUCGGCAGCGGAGCUGGGGGAAGUGGGUGGCGGAGAUCCGCGAGCCGCGGAAAAGGACUCGCCGCUGGCUCGGCACCUUCGCCACCGCCGAGGACGCCGCCCGCGCCUACGACCGCGCCGCCGUCAUCCUCUACGGCUCCCGCGCGCAGCUCAACCUCGGCGGCGGAGGAAAUUGCAGCGGCGGCGGCGGAUCGUCUUCGCAAUCGUCGUCGAGGAGCAGCUCGUCGUCGUCUUCCACCACCGCCACGACGCAGACGCUCCGCCCUCUUCUGCCGCGGCCGUCGGGCUAUGGCCUCAUGGCUGCUCCUCCUCCUCCGCAGCCGCAGAUUACAAAUUACGCCUCGCAGUACGGGUUGUACCCUAACGUACAAUACCCUAACAUUUUGCCCCAAAUUGUGCCCGAGCCGUACGGAACUUCGGAUUUGGGGGUUUCUCAAUUGGAUUCCGAAAUUAGGGCUAAUCCAAACCCUAACAAUCAAAAUUGCCAAAUUCUGCAACAAAAUCACAAUCUGAAUCAGAAUCAAGCUCAAGAUCAAAAUCAGAAUACGAACAUUUUGCAAGGUGGAGUUGGAUUCGACGAGAUCAGCUCGCUGAUGUCGAUCGCCUCGGCCGAGCCGGCCGCAGCGAUAUCGGAUCCGACGGCGGUGAUGAAUGGAUACGUGAGCUCGCCGUCGUGGCCGUUGAUUCCGAGCGAGGAUGAGUAUCCGGAGACGAGCAUUUGGGACUAUGGUGAUCCGUUCUUCUUCGAUAGUAUCUGA